AUGAGUGCUCCCGAUCAGGCCAACGGCUCGGCACAGGAAGCUCCCCACGCUGCGGAGUCUGAGCGAUAUCAGGGUUUAUUGCCUGGGUCCUAUACGGAUCUGAAGCUGCGCCAUGCUUCCGCUCAUCAUUUGCAUCUGACAAGCAGGCGUUUCUUUAUCGGACCGAUCCCUGAAGGCUGGAUCCAUGGACACCGCAAGUCCUGGUAUAAAUCCCGGCUGCGAUUCAAGAAUUACACCUCCCAGACCUUGUCGUUCUCUGCAGAUCCAGUUUCCUCCCAUUACAGUCAACUUGGCGAGAACCAAAGUCAGGGUCAAAGUCAGGCUGUUGUCUCACCGCCUACAUUGGAAGAGGUCGCUCUUACCUUCACCCAUACCAAUGAAGAUCCUGGAACCGGACAAGAUGACACAGAGGCCGAGGAAGAGGAUGAGCCAGAGUCAAGCGAAGAGCCUACGGGCGAGCUUCGCACUCUCACUCAUCCCGAAGAAACACAGGACACAGAGCCCGCCGGGACCGAGACGGAGGUAGCGGAGCAGAUCGAAGAUGAACAGCCUUUAGUCGAUGACACCUUAGAUGAAGAUUCUGAUGCUACGCCAAGGGCAAGCUCAAGAGCACAAGAGCAGAUGUACGACAGUACGAUUGCAUCGUCUUCUUUCGUGACCGCCAGAGAGUUUGAGUCUAGUUCCGCAGACACUGAUCAAACAUCAUCUACGGUACAUGCUCCAGGAUUGCAGAUUCCUAGCCAGCGGCCCCAGUCGCAAGGAUCGCAGGCCGUGAGUAUUGCAGGUCGGAAUGGCCAGAGUCCGUUGAUAUCUACCAAUUCUGCCGCAGUAAGCGACGCCGACUCUAUCACGCCAUUGUUCAAAUCGAAAGCCAAAGCGCAGAAGCUGAAGAACAAAUCCAAUAAGAUUUCUGGCAUAACUCGCUUCACGCUGGAGCACCAGGAGCCCCAGAAUGAGGAUGAAACGCACCGAGAAAGUAUUGAGCCUGGAAGGAACGUACCUCGGCGAUUGACCAAGAAGUUUGCGAAUUACAACGCGAAACAUAACUUGGACGACAACGUCAAAGAUAAGCAGCAAAGGCUUCGCUCUCGUAUCGCCAAGACAGGAGAUACCAUCGCCGCGAACCGUCCUCGUCGACGAAAAAUACAGGAUGGGGAGAUCGUCAAAGCCGAGAGAAUGCUUGUUUGCGUUGAAGAGACACUCAACGAAAAUCUGCCUUCUGAUUAUAACGAGAAUGACAGCUUCCGCAUGGAAUCCCGCAGCGUGGACAAGUGGCGAGAGUAUUUGGUUGUCUGUCGAAAGAGUUCAGCGGAGCAUGCACCGUUUGCCUUGCAAAUGUAUCGCACACGCGUGAUUCCUGACGCACAGAGCCUAAAUAACAAAACACGCCCUUACUACGAGAUCCGGUUGAAUCAUAGGAACACUAAUGUCAACCUCUACUCUGCUCUUGAUAAGACCCUCGUGGUCUGGCAUCCUCGCAGGCACGGCACCAAAAUCUACAUCAUCCGUCCCAAAUCAACUGCCCAUGCUUCCGAAUGGUACACAUUUAUCCGGCAAGUGCUGGGCUGGCGGCGGCCGACCAAACUACCUAUCAACGUUCCCGAUUUUGGAGUCUCUUUGGUAUUUAAAAAUCCGUUUGAGCAACUAGAGGCUCGCCUCGGAGCAACACAGGACGACAGUCACCACACUACACUUAUGACUCGGUCUACGGCGGGUGGGAGGUUUGCCGCUGAAUCCAUUAUCCGCGGCUGUAUGGAAAUGCUCGAGGGUCGUCCUGAAUGGGCAGAGAUUUUACGCGCUUGGUCCAAGACGGAGAAAAUGGGUCUUGCCUGGAAACGUUAUGAUCGUUUAGAGUGGGUAUUUGGGACCAAUGAGGAGAACAUGUACGGGUCGAUGGCGAUGGAGUCGUCGCAUGAGCUUGAACUGCGCCCUCGCCAGCAUUAUUCUACCACGAUAAAGCAGGCAGGCAAGAAGGAAGAAGAGCCAUCACCGGUCGAAGGGUUCUUGAUCCGGCUUACCUCUCAGAAGGGUGUGCACCAAAAGAAGAAUAAGAUGUUCUUCAAGCGGUUGUACUUCUUCACGCAAGAUCAUUAUUUGCUGUUCUGCAGGCCAGCCAAAGCUUACCCCCCAACACCGCCGAAACUUGCUCCGACAGGCGAGGAUGAGAGCGUGCCAAGCUAUCGCCAGAUCAUAGAUGAGAUGCCGAAUUCUUGGGAGAUUAACCCAUACCCAAUUCUUGAUGGUGAUAUUGCGUGGUUGUCAAGCGGAAACCCCGAGUUUGUCCAAAGGCAUGAUGAGGAAGCUUACGCCCAACUGCAAAGAAAUGUGCACAAUAUCAGUCGUGCAGAUGGAUAUAUUGAUCUUUGUCGAGUGAAAGAAGUGCGCCGCGUUCAGCGCGGAAGUAGUCCUGCGGACCCCAAUAUUUCAGAAGGUCCCGCUGUGGACUUCCAACCGGAAGCAGAAUACUCCAGACGGGACGAUGGUUCAACGAAGCAAUUCGACGACGACAGAAUAUUCGAAAUAAAGUUGGACAAUGACCUGGUUAUUCGCUUGCAGUCGUACGACACUACCUCUCGAGAUGAAUGGAUCAAGCGCCUAGAUGCUUUGGUAAAAUAUUGGAAAACACGCAUCGCGGACGAUUUUCACGAACUCCAAGCCGUGCGACAACGGAACCUCAAGUUGCUGGACAUCGAUGAGGAAAUGGAGUCGAUCGUGGGGCAAUUCGCGAAGAAGUGGGAGGUGAAAAAGGCCGAGGCGUCGCCUCACCUUCACAACAUUUGCUCGUUAGUGGGUUGUCGUACGAUCAAGAUGUCUGGCCAUCUGUAUCGCAAACCUCGUCGGCACUCCACUUUUACCCGGUGCAAUGUGCUCCUCACUGCCGGACAACUUCUCAUCUUCCGUAGCACGCUGCGCAAAGGGAAUGGUGCCCAGAUCCCACACAUUCACCAAGAGCACGAAGCUACUAUCGACCUUCGUGACUGCUACAUCUACUCCGGACUUGCCACUGAGGCUGAUCUACUGUACGCCAACCAGACAUUCGACAGCAAUAACCCAGGUCUCCACGCUCUGCCGCGCGUAUAUCUCACUUCCGGUGCCUACACCAGCCGUGACGAGGAUACGGCUAUCACCUUUGUUGUUUGGCAACCUCUCAGCAAGAGCUACUUCCGCGCCCGUGAGGAAGGGGCAAAGGGCGAAGCCAAACGCUCUUUACACCACGUCUCGACCCUGGGCAAGCACGGCCGUACCAUUGUGUUCAAGGCACGCAGUCGUGUCGAGAAAGACCGCUGGGUGUUGAGUAUCUCGUCGGAGAUCGAUCGACUCCAAGAAGAGAAACAGGAAGACAUCCGCAUUGUUUCUCUGUGA